CCAAGCUGUGGAACCCUAAGGGCUCGCAGAGUUUCCCUGGCCUUCGUUUAAUCGCAACGCAAUCUCGGUGUCGCUGGCUCUCGACAUCACUGUGUCCACUCUCACUCUAAACGAUUUUGUUGGGAGAAUUGUGUAGAGUUACAAUCCACCAUGUUCAAGAAAUUCUCUUCCGAGGAGGUGACGGGGCAGAAUCAAGUGAAGGCCUCGGUGCAGAGGAAAAUCCGGCAAAACAUCGCCGAUGAGUAUCCUGAUUUGGAGCCUCUGUUGGACGAGAUGCUACCGAAGAAAUCGCCACUCAUAGUUGCGAAGUGCCAGAACCAUAUCAACUUGGUCGUCGUAAACAAUGUCCCACUGUUCUUUAAUGUGCGGGAUGGGCCUUAUAUGCCUACCCUACGACUUUUGCACCAAUAUCCAGGAAUUAUGAAGAAAUUCCGUGUAGAUAGAGGAGCUAUCAAAUUUGUGCUGGCGGGUGCCAAUAUCAUGUGCCCGGGACUGACAUCUGCUGGUGGUAAUCUCGAUGAAGAAGUGCCUGCAGAUUCACCUGUGGCAAUCAUGGCAGAAGGCAAAGAGCAUGCUCUGGCUAUAGGAUACACCAAGAUGUCUGCAAAAGACAUUAAGAGCAUCAACAAGGGCAUUGGAGUGGACAACAUGCAUUAUCUCAAUGACGGACUAUGGAAGACGUUACAUCUUGACUGAAAUAUGAUGGAGACAACGUGUGACUUGGUAACGAGGCAUUUCUGGGUUAGCUUUUCAAGAUUGCUGGCGGUGCAUACAUGCAGUCUUGUUUUGGUUAAGAGAUGAGAACUCAAGUCUACAUGAAGACAGUACCUGUUGUAUGCUGAAGGAGGAUUCUUUGAAUUUUAGCGUUUCAUAGCAUAAGGUUGUGAAGCUGUUGUCAAUGUAUAGUCCAUCCCGUUUCACAUUUUAAAGGAUUUUGGUUCUUUGUACAAGUCUUGUGGAAGUUGAUUCAGUUUAAUGCUGCAGCAGUAGGCAUUUGCUACAAGUUCCUCCCCUUUUCAUGAUGUGUUACGGUGUAGCUUCAGUUUGUCUGCAACGCUAGAUCCCAUUAUGAGUAUUGCCUUGAAGCGGGCAGAAAGUGUAGAAUUCGUCUACAUUGGAGCAAGUCUGAAAGAACCUGGAUUCGUCUUACCAGACAGGGCUUGCAAAUUAUGGAUAUUUCAGUCAUACCCUUCGCGCAAUGAUGAGGUGUCAUGAUUGGCGAUACCAACGUCACCGACCAACCACAAGGGUAUUUAGACUCUCAUAUGAUUGACAAUAUUGGUAUCUAGCCAGUAUCUUAAGACACCAACAAUUCAAGUGA